AUGUGGAACUCUGGCUGUCGGCAGCCAUCUGAGACGGGGCCCGAAUAUCAGCUCAAUGAGCACCCCAAGCGCCGUACUCAACGACAAAUGAGCUAUUUAUUCAGCGUACAAUACUGCAUGGCUGGUCUUCCAUGCCUUUUUCCGAAGCUCAAAUACCGUGCCAUAACGACACGCAGCUUGUCGUGCCAAGUCCCUCGAUGA